AUGAAGAAUUUAAUCUCUCUAGCACUCAUAUUUCUCAUUCAAGUUUCCCUACUUCCAGCAAGCCAAUGCAGGGUUUACUUGCCAAUGGAUGCCAGUCUCAUUGACAAAACCUGCAAACAAACACCCAAUUAUGAUGUUUGUGUCUCUACUAUUAACUCAGACCCUCGAAGCACCGGUGCAGAUGUCAAAGGUUUAGGCCUCAUCAUGGUUGAUGCAGUUAAGGAUAAGGCAACCGGUGCUCUGAACAAAGCCAACGAGCUGCUUAAGCAGAGCCCAGGAGAUCAAGCCUUACUCUCUUGCGUCAAAAUAUACAAUGAGGUUUUACAAAAUGAUGUCCCACAAGGCAGUCAAGCUUUCACUCAAGGUGAUUCUAAGUCGGCAGAGCAAGGCAUGAAUGAUAUUGCCACGGAAGCAGAUUCAUGUGAAAGUGGUUUUUCAAGCAGCUCUCCUUUGGUAGGUAACAACAAAGCUCUCCUUGAUGUUGCGGCUGUGGCUGCAGCAAUUGCCAGGACAUUGCCUUGA